AUGGCGGCAGUCUUACUCUUAACUCUUGCCUGUCUUGCUUGCCUGAGCCAUGCGCAGGCUGCAAGCAAUUACUCUCAAUAUGUGAACCUUUUCCUUGGGACUACCAAUGGUGGAAACAUGUUCCCAGGUGUCUGCGCAGCACCUCAUGCUAUGGUCAAAUUGGGGCCGGACGUGGAGUCGGGCACUACAGAUGCAUACUCUGGCUACCUUCCCAGUGGACAAGUCUGGGGCUUCUCAAUGAUGCACGAAAGUGGCACUGGUGGUGCUCCCAAGUACGGAGUCGUCAACCAAAUGCCAGUCAAAGGCAAUGUCUCUAACCCGCUCGUCGACCUAGGCCAGAACAGAAGUGCGCCUGACACAGCUCAAGUUGGGUACUACAAGUCUUCCUUAUCGAAUGCUAUCGACAUCGAAGUCUCAGCCACCGACCACGCUGGCUUGUAUCAAUAUACCUUGCCCAGCGGCCAAAACUCGAUCGUAGUGGAUGUAUCCCAUGUGCUGCCAUCUUUUAGAGGGCUAGGAUGGGGCCAGGGUUAUGCUGGUGGUGCUUUUCAACUGCAAAGCAACGGCUCUUACCAGGGUCACGGAAUCUACAACAAUGGCUGGAACUUGGCUCCGGACUGGACGAUCUACUUCUGCGGCCACUUCGACCAGGCGCCAACUAGCCAGAAGACUUUCACGGGCAAUGGCACUACCUUGGCUUCGUACGGUAAUGGCUCAUCGACCCAGGGCACAUAUAGGCAAGGAGGAGUGUUCACAUUCGACAAAACGAAGGUCACAAGUCGAGUUGGAAUCUCGUUCAUCUCCACGACCAAAGCAUGCCAGAAUGUUCAGUCAGAGGUUCCCAAGGGAACAACACUCGAAAGCCUCACCUCACAAGCACAAACGCGUUGGACAAACGACGUCUUUGCGAAAGUGCAGACCGAUGAGACUAACACGACCGUACUCACACAGCUUUACUCUUAUCUAUACGGCAUGAACUUGCUCCCCUCGAAUCGUACCGGGGAGAACCCAGGCUGGCAAUCUAAUGAGCCGUAUUACGAUGACUUCUUUACCUUUUGGGACUUGUUCAGAUGUUCGACGUCGCUUUGGCAGGUCAUUCUGCCUACGGCUUAUGAGGAGAUCAUCAGGUCGCUCAUCGAUACGUGGAGACAUAAUGGCUUUAUGCCGGACGCUAGAUCCUCCAAUUACAACGGAAGAACUCAAGGAGGUUCAAACGCCGAUAAUGUCCUUGCUGAUGCCUAUGUCAAGGGUGUUCGAGGCAAGGUGAACUGGCAAGAUGGCUAUGCUGCCAUGAGGACCGAUGCUGAAGUUGUUCCACCGAACAACCACGAUCCUAUCGCGCCUGACUCUUCGACGAAAGAAGGCCGUGGUGCAUUGCCAGACUGGAAGAGCUAUGGUUAUAUCACACCAAACUUCACGCGAGCUGUCUCCCGAGCAGUUGAGUACUCUGUGAACGACUUCAGCCUGACGCAGGUCGCCAAAGGCUUGGGCUAUCGCGGCGACUAUCAGAAAUACAUCAAGCGCUCUCAAAAUUGGCGAAAUCAUUGGAAUCCCAAGCAAUCCUCAUUGAACUUCACAGGAUUCGUUGUGCCACGGUAUGGAAACGGCACGUUCGACUAUCCCUACGAUCCCGAGCAAUGUGGCGGUUGCUACUGGGGCGACCCAUACUACGAAGACCUGCCGUGGUCGUACUCGUUCAACGCCCAACACGACAUGGCACAUCUCAUCUCUCUCGCGGGCGGACAAGACACCUUCGUCAGCCGCCUGGAGAAGUUCUUCGAGCCGGGCGUAUACAGCGGCAACGGCGCAUACGGUAACACGCUCUUCAACCCCGGCAACGAACCUGCUUUCAACACGCCAUACCUCUUCAACUUCGUCGGCAGGCAAGACCUCUCCGUGAAAUACUCUCGGCAUGCCGCCUUGGCAUACUACAACGCUGGAACCGGAGGGAUUCCAGGAAACUCAGACGCCGGGGCCAUGCAGACGUGGAUUCUGUGGAACAUGAUCGGACUGUAUCCGAUGACCGGUCAGACGACGUUCUUGAUAGGCUCGCCGUUUUUCCGACGUCUUAGCAUUGAUCUCGGCGGUGGGAAGAAACUUGUCGUCACUUCGAGGGGUGGGGAUCGGUCUUCGGCGCCGUAUGUGCAAAGUUUGAGGGUAAAUGGGAGGAAAUGGAAUCGCAGUUGGGUUACGUGGGAUGAAGUGUUUAAGAGUGGCGGGAGGUUGGAUUUUGUGCUCGGAGCUGAACAGACGAGGUGGGCUACGGGAGCGCCUCCGCCAAGUCCUGCGUCGAGUGAGAGGAAUGAUCACUGGGGGUGGUAG